GCUGUUGCUAGGAUACAGAACGCAUGCUGGUUUUGUUGACAAGAGACUUGGACGAGGUUUUUAUUAAUGAAAAGGAUGACUGAAACAUCUUCCAAGGAUGAUAUGUUUGUUCGGCCUAUGGUUUAUGAGAAGCGAUCUACAGUAUCCACCUCGCCUCUAUCCCAUGUACAGAUUGCAUGUACCCAUCAGUACUGUGCUUUCCCAUUGAAUAAAAAUGAGCUCUGCAUCUGGGACACAGCCAGCCCACAUGAACAGCCCAUGAUUCUAAAAGGUCAUCACCAGCCCAUAAAUGCAGUGGCAAUAAAACAGGAUGGGGAUCAAUGGCUGGCUUGCUCUGCUUCAAGGGAUUAUGUUAUUACAUGGAAUCUGAAUGACUGCAGACGAGAUGUGAUUCAAGGAUUGCUACCUCGUGGACUUGUCAUUGGAACCCUCAUUGGUGAUGUUCAGCAUAUAGCUUUCCACUCUAAUAAAAAGUUGGUUGUGACGUGUGCAGGAACUAGAGUAGUUAUACUUAAUUCUCAGAAAGAAGAAAUACUUGCAGAGUUGGCAGUACACCAGGGACUGGUGACUGGUGCUGAAUUUUGGGUUGAUAGUUUCCUUGUGUGCAUUUCUGAGGACAGAACUUUUUCGGUAUGGGACUACCAUGCAGGACAUUUGGUAUACCAGUCUGGAAUAAUAUCAGCUUUCCCUCUUUUAAAGAUGUACAUUGAUGAAGAAAAUGAGCAGCUGGUUACGGGAUGCGCUGAUGGAAUGUUACGAGCCUUUAGUUUGGUAAAAGGAUAUAAUUUUCGCUGCCUGUGCAAUAUUGAUCUUCAAAAGCAGAAACUGAAAUUUUACAAUCAGUUUGAAAAUUCUGGACCGUCUGAAAGCUCAGAGAAUGAGAAGGCCAGUGAUAAAAGUUUGGGAAAUGAAGUGGAUUCUGGUCUUCCCAUACUGCAUAUAAUGAAAUAUAACCAACAACUACAAGAGUUAUACAUGCCACUUUUUGGAAACCCUCCUCUUCUGUGGAUAGGAAGUUCUACUGAUAUACUUUUAACCAAUAUGGCUACCUGUGAAGUGGAAGCUGUUUUACAUUAUGAAGAUUAUGAUGGACUCAGCAUUCAUAUGGCUGGAUCAAUUUCAUUGUCAUGUAAAACCGGAAAAAAAGAUUUUUGUUUGAUUGUUUCAAUGUUUGAAAAUCGAGUAUCACUUCUUGAGUUUGACACCCGUGCUUUGUGGCGAUUCCGACAACGGGAACUGCAGUCCUGUACAUUAGAGAUGAAUUUGUCUAUUGUCUCCAGUAAUCCUCUACUAUCAACAUCUCCAUUAUGUUCUCACUUGCCUAAAAAAUCUGCCAAUACAAAGACAAAUGUUUUGCAGUCGAAAAUUAAAGACCAGCCGCUUGUUUUUAACAAGAAAAUCAAGUCAUCUGGAUACACUGCUGCUCCAAGAAUGAAAAUGUUUUCACCAAAGACGAACUUCAAAAAAAGCAAUGUUCCUGCGGCGAGAACAAAGGAAGUCACAAGUGAAAUGAAAAAAGAAUACCCAAUGGAUUCUGAGGUGCCUAGUAAUCUUCAGGGAAAGAUAACUUUAUCUAACAGACCAACUGUUGGUUGUAUUAAAUACUCAGGUACAGGCAAAAGAUUGGCAUGUGGUAGAUGGGGCAUCUCUGUUGUAUUCAGUUCCACAUUAAAAGAAGAACCAGCAGUUUUUACAGGCCAUGAUGGUGCAAUCAAUGGUUUGGGCUGGAGCUACAACAGAAAUUGGUUGGUGUCUACCGCUGAUGAUAGAACAAUGAGGGUUUGGAAUGCAAAAAACGCAGAUCUAGCACUUGUUUUGGGUAAGGAAGUGUUCUCUAAGCCUGUUCGAUUCCCCCAGUUCUACUACAUGGAUACAUUUAUUUUGUUGUCAUCUGGAGCAGAGAUUCAUCUUAUGAAAUAUCAUCUGGAUAAUUCCAAAAAUGAUUUAAAAAGGUAUGAACAGAAGAGUGUAUGUAAAACAGUUGAAAAGUUUCAUCUGGAUUCAGUGGAGAUUACUGGCAUUUCAGCUGUGAAUGACUUCUACUCCUAUAUUGUGCUUGCAGCAGGAACCAAUCGUGCUGUAGAGGUUUUUGAUCUGAAUGUGGGUCGCAAAGUUGCAACAAUUCCAGAUGUCCAUCCAAGAGCAGCCCAUCAGAUCUGCCAAAAUAAGGGUUCGGCGUUUAGUGCCCAGCCUAGUGAAGCCUAUAAUCUCUUUGCAACCAUUGCCAUUGGUGAUAGCCUAAAGUUAUGGGACAUUAGGACCUUACGGUGUGUUCGUCGUUUUGAAGGUCAUGUGAACAGGCACCUUCCCUGUGGUAUUGCCAUCAGUCCUUGUGGGAGAUUUAUUGCAUGUGGAUCUGAAGACAGAUGUGCAUAUAUUUAUGAAACACGAUCUAGUACAUAUUUGGAAAGACUGAAGGAGCAUACAGAAUCUGUCAUCAACGUAGCUUUCAGUCCAUCUACGGCACAGCUAACCACAUGUACAGUGGAUGGAACACUACAAACUUUUUCUCCUUGAACAGACAUAUUAGUCACUGAAAUGGAGCAUAUGUGAAUAGUGGAAUGAUUACUUGCCUUACUGCUUACCUAAGAUAACAUUACAAAAUCAUUGUAAGAGCUGUCUAAUUCUGAUCCAUAUCCUAGCAAGUAGCAAGUACUAGAUGAGUUAUAUCCAUAAAAUGGGAACAAAACUCAAUUACCUCCUCUACAAAAUUGUAUCAAAUGAAUACAAGAUGCCAGGUAAAUGGAACUGAUCACAAAGAGGAUAAAUGAUGGGCUGGACAAAUUUAACACUAAAUGGAAUCCAUAGUACUUUCAUCAAACAUUGCCCAGGAUUGCCUAAAAGCAGGUUAGCUCCUACUGUGGGGCACUUAUUAUUCUCUACCGUCUUGUCAUUUUUAUUUUCUUUCUGUCCUUCAUGUUCUCCUUUCCCUACUACUUUCUAUACAUCUGUGGAUCUAUAACGGUUCACUAAUGAAGUUUUACUGAAAAUACUUCUUAUUGGCAUGGAUUAUGGUAACAGUAACCAAGUAAUGUAACUACGGUACUGCACAGAAACAUACAGCUUACUACCUUUAAGACUGUUCAUUAAAUAAGUAAUACAAGUAUCUAUAAUAGCAGCAGUAAAAUGGAAGUAUACAUGCAGAAUGAUUUUUUAACUAUCCAUAUAGUAAUGAAUUAGAAAUGUUUCAAGAUGUUUGUUGUUCUGUUAUUUAUAUGUAUUUUUUAAUUCUAAAAAAUAAACUGUGAAUUUGCCAUAUUUAGCUAAAUGAGUUGAAGUUUGGAAAAGCUACAAAAUAAAGAUAUGUUUAUAAAUGCUUAUUCAUAAAUAUGAGUGUUGCGCUGAUACCAACAUUUGUU